AUGCCGCGCUGUCCCUCUCGAGGUGCCGAUUUGGUUAGCACUCCCGAGCAUCUGCGACCGGGAUUUCGUGGACGGACCCAUCGAUACGAUCCUAGCGAUUUCGGGCUGACGGGAAAUGAGGAAUGGCGGCAUCCACGGAUGUUCAGGGAUAUGACCUACGAGACAGAUGCUGCGGCCAUGGAAACCUUCCGCCAGGCUCAACCACGUCGUCAGCCCUACGAAACGGGGAUAAACCUGAGCAAUUUGCCGGAGGAGUGCCUGGCGGAUAUGUCGGCGCCUGGCUUCGAUCUCAGCCUGCCAUCGCAGAUGUCCGAUUUGCGGGGCGAGCAACUCGACGAUGUAUCGGCCCCCAACUUGUGCGAUGCCUCAAAUGUGUCGAAGACCACCAGCCACGUGGACAAUGUGUAUGGCGAGAUUCUGGAUCGCUUUAGGAGCAUCAGGGAACGUAUUAAUCGGGCCAACCAGCUGCACGGAUCGGAGGAUCCCUGCUAUCAGCAGACCACGCGACGAAGGAUCUACACCCAUCGCGAUCCCAGUGGUCACAUCACCAGCCACGUGGUCGAGACGACUGUCUCGAAUACUUCCUCGCUGGAUUGCACGCCCGCCGGUGAGGCUGGUGAACCGGGACGACGGCUCAACUUCUCCUUGCCAAACCGAUCGGAGCAGCUAAUGGAUGAGUCAAUGCCCCCGUAUCUCGAAUGCCCGGAGGUGGUGUCCUCUCAGGAUAUUCUGGAUAACGAGACAAUGCCCGCUUUCGAAUCCACAGCGAGGAGUCAGAAUAUGAGUCUUCGUUCCUGUCUGGAGAACGAGACAAUGCCGUCGUUUGCAAAUAUCUCUGGAGUGUCACGAAGACAGCGGACAAUGCCCAGCGAAUGCCUAGACGAUGUGAGCCAGCCCUCGUUCGCAAGGAGUAGAUCGAGUAGAUCGGGUAGGCUGAGCAGAUCUCGCAGACAGAGUCCCAGAAGGCAGCUUCAGAACCUUUGGGACACAUCAGCCAGGAACGCGACUACCAAUGAAUGCCUGGAGGACAUUUCAAUGCCCGCCCUUGAGGGCGUCUCGAAUGUUUCCAGGAGCAGAGGUCAGAGAUCCAGGAUCCAGAAUAUAUCUUCAAGGCGCGAAUGCUUGGAUGACAUGACCAUGCCCUCGUUUGGUGGAGUAUCCAACUUGUCGACGAACCAAAGUCGCCGCCAACUGCAAAGAUCGAUGUCAACGCAAAACAUUAACGAUACUUCCGAGCCCAUGUAUGCGAGUUUUUCAAGAGGACCCAUGACUAAUGAAUGCCUAGAGGAAGUCACCAUGCCAUCACUCGUUGAAACAUCGUCUAGACGACCGCGAUCCGUGGGAAUGCCCAACGAAUGUCUGGAGGAUAUGACAAUGCCCUCAUUUGGUGGCGUUUCGAGAGCCUCGAGAAGCAGAAGUCUGGAUCGUCAGCACAACAACAAAUCCAUGCCAACGCGAAUGACGAACGAGUGUUUGGAUGAUAUGACCAUGCCGUCGUUUGGUGGCGUUUCAGGCUCCUCCCGAAGGCAAAUGACCAUUCCGAGUGAGGUGAGUUCCCGAGGAACGAGUCGAAGGCAGAGGACUGUGCCUUCUGCGUUCGCCAACUCCACCAAAUACGGGGACACUCUACCGAAUGAGUGCCUGGAGGAUGUGUCGAUGCCAUCUUUUGGCGGAGUUUCGGGGGCGUCGCGGAGGAAGGGAUCCCGACGAAAGCAGAUGACGCUACCCUCGCAAAAUAUAGGUGAUAUUUCGGCUCCCUCGUUCGCAAGCUCGGGCAGGGGCAAUACGACCAAUGAAUGCUUGGAGGACAUAUCGAUGCCUUCGUUUGGCGGAGUGUCCACCAAUUCCAGGAGCAGAAGUCGAAGAGGCCAAAAGACUUCAAGACGUCGUUCGGUGACCAAAGAGUGUCUGGAUGACAUGACAAUGCCCUCGAUGGGUGGAGUAUCUGUAUCUGUUCCAUCGCGAAGACCAAUGACCCUGCCCAGUGAGUGCCUGGACGAUGUGAGUGCCCCGUCCUUUGGAAGAAGCCUGUCGCGAGGUGACGCCAGUAGAAGGCAGCAGCAGAUCCCAUGUGCCAGCUCCACCAGAUGUCCGCCGACGAACGAGUGUUUGGAGGACGUGACGAUGCCAUCAUUUGGUCAUAUCUCCGCGGCCUCCGUCCGCCGACAGUUGACGAUGCCCAGUGAGUGUCUGGAGGACAUGAGUGGGGUCUCUGGUCCCUCCAGAAGACGACAGACCACUGGCUUACCCAACGAGUGCCUCGAUGACGUGAGCAUGCCCACCUUCGGCAACAUCUCCGGAAUAUCUGCAUAUGGGAAAAGUAGAUCGGUUGAACGAUCUAAGCAGAACUUGAGCAGAAGUCAGGCUGCCAAUGAGUGCUUGGAGGAUGUAACAAUGCCUUCCUUUGGUGGAGUAUCAGGUGUUUCCAGGAGGAAAAGUAUCUCACGACAUCAGAGAUCCGUGCCACCAGUGAGUACUAAUAAUGAAUGUCUAGAGGAUGUGACAAUGCCUUCGUAUGAAGGAGCAUCGCGAGCAUCCAGAGUUAGAAGUCCACGGCAAAGAGCGAUGACAAGCGAAUGUCUGGAUGACGAGACAAUGCCAUCCUUCGGAGAUGUUUCGCAGCCCUCGGGUCGAAGGACUCCCAGAAGACAGACCCAGAAUAUUAGCGGACCGAAAUUCGAUACCAAUGAAUGUAUCGAGGACAUUUCGAUGCCUUCGUAUGCUGAAAAUUCACGAGCCUCGCGGGCAAAGAGCUCUUCGAGGUUACAAAGGUCGCGACAAGGAGCGAUGACCAACGAAUGUCUGGAUGAGGUGACAAUGCCAUCGUUUGGUCAGGCCUCAAGUCGAGGUCCACUGACAAGCGAAUGUCUCGAGGAAAUUUCAAUGCCUUCGUACAGGGAGAAUUCAAGAUCGUUUCAGCGAAGAUGCCCCACUCCAAAGCAAAGCUCAAGACAAGAGUGCUUGGAUGAUGUGACCAUGCCAUCAUUUGGAAGCUCAAGACGCGGACUGACCACCAAUGAAUGCCUCGAGGACAUUUCCAUGCCAGCGUAUGGAGAACCCACCGGAUCGUCCAGGGGAAGAAGUCAAAUGCAUAGCUUCAGACAAGGAACGAUGACCAAUGAGUGCUUGAAUGACAUGACCAUGCCAUCAUAUGCCACUUCGUACCGAGGACCUGUUACUAACGAGUGCCUCGAGGACAUUUCAAUGCCUUCAUACAGGUCGUCGAGGGGAAAAAGUCCAAGGCGAAGAUCCAGACAGCGUUUGGAUGACAUGACGAUGCCAUCAUUUGGUAUGAAUGCCGAUGAAUGCCUAGAGGACAUGUCAAUGCCUUCGUAUGGUGGAAAUUCCGGAUUGUCCAGGGGAAUGCAAAGAUCCAUGACGAUGGAAUGCUUGGAGGAUAUGACGAUGCCACCCUAUGGUGGCGAUUCGGAAUCAUCCAGAGGAAGAAGCCCCAGAUUUGAAGCGAUGACCAAUGAAUGCUUGGAUGACAUGACCAUGCCGAGCCAUGAGGAUUCGGGAUCUGUUCGAGGCAGAACUCCGAAGCAAAUCCAAAUAUUCCAGGGAGCAAUGACCAAUGAAUGCUUGGAUAACAUGACCAUGCCAUCGUUUGGAACUUCCAGCCGCCAUCGCGAUACAAACGAAUGCCUCGCGGACAUCUCGAUGCCUUCGUAUGGAAGAAAUACCAUCUCCUUCCCGGGCAGAAGCCCCGCCACCCCAAGGCAAAGAUCCAGACAGGAAAUGAUGACAAACGAGUGCUUGGAUGACAUGACCAUGCCAUCGUAUGGCGAAGUAUUUGGUUUAUCCCGCCGCCAGAUGAGUCUGCCAAGUGAGCGAUUGAACGACGUCAGUGAACCCUCCUUCGCAAGGAGCACUUCCGAGGCCACCAGUCGGAGGCAGAGAAACUCCAGCAGAAGCCCCAGGCCGCCACCGCCGCAAAAUUCGGUGACGAAUGAGUGCCUGGAGGAUAUGACAAUGCCAACAUUCGGCGACAUCUCUGGGUCAUCGCGACGUGGCCAAGUCGGCAUGAACAGCACUCGCCUGGAGGACAUCAGCAUGCCCUCGGGCCUAUCGAAUCGCAGCCAGUGCACCGAGGAUAAUGCGAGUGGAGGACGUCGCCUCGAGGAUGCGAGUGCUCCCAGUCGAAUGACCUCAAGACGCUAUCCCCAGUUGACAAACGAGUGUUUGGAGGAUGUUUCCAUGCCGCCGGAUGAAUCAUUUGGCAGGAACGAUUCGAAACCAAUAGCGCGACGUCCGGCAGACAUUUCCUAUCCCUCGGAAAUGUUGGCCAACGAGAGUGCUCCCUCGUAUCACUCACGACGGGAUGAAGCCGACAAGUCGGCCGACUGUUCGUGCUCAUCGCCUCAGCAGAGCUCCAGAGGUCGUAGUACAGGUCGUUUGGAGGAUGUGACCAUGCCCACCUUCGACGACGUUUCCUAUCAACCGCGUCGCCAUCAGCUGACCAUGCCCUGCGAGAACCUGGACGAUCAGACCCAGCCGGACUUCUUCAACUCCACGGCAUUGCCCAGUUCUACGAGGGCCGAGGGGAAGCACCAGGGGAAGUCGCAAAAGAACCUGGCCGACGAGAGUGCCCCAUCCAUACUGAAGGACUCCUCAAAGGGACCUUCCGAAGUGGUCAAGGAGGUGACCGUUCAAAGCUCGACCACCUCGGUGACGCGGGUCUUCAACAGCUCGGCCGAAACGAAUGCCAACAACUCGGGACAGCCCAUGAUCGAGGACCUCUCGAUGCCGCAGUUCGAGUCCACGGGCACUAGUCAGGCCCAUCAGGAUUCAUCCCUGCACGGCUUUCAGUCCAUGGACAACUACAGGCCAUUCGAUGAGCUGAUAUACAGUCAGAACUCGGUGGGAAAUCAAACUCAGCCCCAGACGCCGCAGCCAGUGAGGUCUGCGAACCGCAGUCGAAGUGUGCGAAGAACCCCAAGCACUUCUACCAAUCGGGCGGGGACUCCAUCCAGUGCAACCGGAAUUCCGGGACAACCUUGCGAUAUGAUUACCACCAACUAUCCCUAUGGAAAACCCCAUUGCUUCAGCCGAAAACCCUGCUAGAUGAAUGAUAUAUAUAUAUGUAAAUUGGUUUUAAAACGGCCUGGUGGUAUUUUUUAUACAUUACUUU